UCUAACCACUACACUACAAGGUAUGGGCUUCUCCACCAUAGAUGAGGAUGAUGCUAUUGGAAAUGUGCUUGGGUACUUAUUGCAUGGAAAUUCAGUCUUCUGUAAAGUUGUAUAAUGGCAGACAUUAACCCCUCCCCACUGAAACACUUUGUGCUGGCCAAGAAGAAGAUUACCACCGUAUUUGAAGAGCUGCUGGACUACGUUACCGAAGGAGCAAAUUUUGUGGAAGAAACUUACAAAAAUCCAGAACUGGAACACAUAGCCACCAAGGAUGAACUGCUGGAAAUACAGGCAUACAAAAACAAGUUGGCGAUCAUUGGAGAGGUCCUAGCACGACGGCACAUGAAAGUUGCUUUUUUUGGCAGAACCAGCAGUGGCAAGAGCUCAGUCAUCAAUGCAAUGCUAUGGGACAAAGUCCUCCCGAGUGGCAUGGGGCACACAACCAACUGCUUCCUUAGUGUGGAAGGCACUGAUGGUGAUAAGGCUUAUCUCAUGACCGAAGGCUCGGAUGAAAAGAAGAGCGUCAAGACGGUUAACCAACUCGCACAUGCCCUCCACAUGGAUAAAGACUUGCAGGCUGGCUGUCUGGUGCAUGUUUUUUGGCCCAAGGCCAAGUGUGCCCUUCUGAGAGACGACUUGGUGUUAGUGGACAGCCCUGGCACUGAUGUCACCACGGAGCUCGACAGCUGGAUUGACAAAUUCUGUCUGGAUGCUGAUGUCUUUGUUUUAGUUGCUAAUUCAGAGUCAACCCUCAUGAACACGGAAAAACAGUUUUUUCACAAAGUAAACGAAAAACUUUCUAAACCAAACAUCUUCAUCCUGAAUAAUCGUUGGGAUGCUUCUGCAUCAGAGCCUGAAUAUAUGGAGGAUGUACGCAAGCAGCACAUGGAACGCUGCCUGAGGUUUUUGGUAGACGAGCUCAAAGUUGUGGAUCCAGCUGAAGCCCAGAACCGAAUCUUCUUCAUUUCAGCCAAGGAAGCUCUCAGCGCUAGGACACACAAAGCCCAGGGCAUGCCUGAGGGAGGUGGUGCGCUCGCGGAGGGGUUUCAAACGCGGUUCCAAGAAUUUCAGCAUUUUGAAAAGAUGUUUGAGGAGUGUAUCUCGCAGUCAGCUGUGAAAACCAAGUUUGAGCAGCACACUAUCAGAGCUAAACAGAUCCUAGAUACUGUGAAAAACAUUAUGGACAGCAUAAACGUGGCGGCAGCCAAUCAGAGAGUCCAUUCAAUGGAGGAGCGAGAGGAUCAGAAGGACAGGCUGGAGUUUGUUCGAAACCAGCUCAACCUUUUGACAGAGGACAUUAAGAGGAAAAUCAAGGAAGUUACUGAGGAGGUGGAGAACAAGGUUUCUUCUGCCCUGACAGAUGAAAUUUGUCGGCUUUCUGUUUUGGUAGAUGAGUUUAGCGCCGAUUUUCACCCAUCUCCGCAUGUUUUGAAAGUAUAUAAAAGCGAACUGAACAAGCACAUAGAGGAGGGCUUGGGAAGGAACCUGGCUGACCGCUGCUUCGCCGAAGUCAACAGUUCUAUGUAUCAGUCACAACAGGAAAUGAUCGAAAAUCUGCAGCCCCUUUUGCCUCCGGAGGUCCAGAACAAGAUCCACUUGCUUGUGCCAUGCAGGAAGUUUGACCUUAGCUAUGACCUGAAUUGCCAUAGCCUGUGCUCCAACUUCCAAGAGGACAUCACGUUCCGGUUCUCCUUGGGCUGGUCGGCGCUCGUCAGUCGGUUCCUGGGCCCCGGGGCCGCGCACAAGGUGCUGAUGGGCAUGACAGAGCCGACAUUUGCCAUCCCCAGGUCUCUCGCCUCCACCCCUAGUGCCUCCAGUGUCCCAGCUCUCCCUCCAGAGAACGCCUCGCAGGAGGAGCUCAUGGUCUCCUUGGUCACCAGUCUGGCCUCUCUGACCUCCCGGACCUCCAUGACAGUCAUCAUUGUUGGAGGACUGGUGUGGAGAACCGUCGGCUGGAAGGUCAUCUCCCUCUCCUUGAGCAUGUAUGGGCUGCUGUACCUCUACGAGAGGCUCACCUGGACGACCAAAGCCAAAGAGCGAGCCUUCAAGCAGCAGUUUGUCAGCUACGCCACAGAAAAGCUGCAGCUGAUCGUCAGCUUUACCAGCGCCAAUUGUAGCCACCAAGUGCAGCAGGAAAUGGCCACAACAUUUGCUCGUCUGUGCCAGCAGGUUGACAUCACAGAGAGAAAACUGGAAGAAGAAAUUGCAAGAUUAUCCAAAGGAAUUACGCAGCUAGAAACAAUCCAGAAGAAUUCCAAGCGUCUACGGCAAAAAGCUAUUCACCUUGAAAAUGAAUUUGACUGUUUUACAAAGGAUUUCCUUCAGAAGAAGAAAUGAAAAGGCCUCACAUUCUUCUGAUGCUCUAGGUCCGAAGAAGAUGACACUAUUUCCCCCAGCCCACUCCUUGAGUCACAUGAAUUUUUCAAGCCCCGUAUUCUACUUUUCUGGUGCUUAUGAACUGUGCCAGAGAGCUUUGGGAGCUAAAGCAGUAUUUAGCAUUGACUGAUUCAUUUUGCAAGUUUUCAUAAGAAAGAAAUCAUUUAUAUUUACUGAUGCAUAUGAAAUUUAUUUGGAGUUGUAAAAUAAUAAACUAGCAAAUGUAUUGUAUUUUGUAUUAGUUUUUACCUAUGAGGCAACCUCCUCUUUCUGGUAUCCAGAAAGAGAAUAGACAAGAAACUACUUUCAGGCCUGUGUCAAAGUCUUGUGUUAGCUGGAAUUCUCCGAGGCCAAGGUGUGGUGCUGGUGUUUUCCAGGACUGUUACAGACCAGGUGUAGAGUGAUAACAAAUUUUAGAUGGGAUUUAUGGAGUUUGAAAGCAAAGACUAUCCGUUUGGCUAGCCUUAAGGGGUAACUUUGGAUCUCAUUUCAUGGAAAGACUUUACACUGCUAAUUGAAAGCCUUGAUGCUCUCAGGGAAGAGUUAGCAAGCACCUUUGUUUUAGCAGCUGAACUAGACAUAAUUCUAGGGCUGUCCUCAGGAAGCACUCUUCUUGGGUACUGGAGUAACGGCCUAUGAUGCUUAUGCAUCCUGUCCCCAAAUGGUAGUUCUUCUGAGCCAAAAUCAUGUUACAACGUGCAGUAAACUGCGGCGAGCAUGCUGGGUGGAACAUCUGUCAGGAAAUCCUCUGUGGGACUGUGUCUGGUUACACACCCUUCAGCAGGCUUGUAACAGCACUGUAAUACCAUUUUAUUUGGAGUUGCUAGCAUGCCCACAAUUCACCUGCAGCCUGAAGGAUGCUGUAUGCCCAAAAUUAAUCUUCAGUGAAAAGAACGCCCAGAAUUUUGGCUAUUUCACCUGACGAAACAGCUGAUGAUGGCAAUGAGAUCAGAUUGGUUGGCUCGGUUGCUCCCUCCUCUUACGGUCUUCACUCACACCCAAAGGUUCAGCACCUGACUUGUAGCUCUGCAUGUUAAGGACUAGCACCAUUGUGCACUAACAAUUGUGAGGCAAAUGGCUCAUGGACCCAUCCUGUGGAGCCAUUUAUCUGUGCCCACCAGGCUGGUCUCACAUCAAGGUGUUACCUGGUUUUCUGUCACGUUUGCUUUGGUCAGUACUUUCUACUGAAAGAAUAGCAACUGCUUCAGUUGUUCACAGUUGUUACUAUAAAAGUACAGUAAUAUGCUAAUUUAUGAAUUGCUUUUCAGGAUAUGUAUAUGCACCAAAGCGGUUUUUAAUGGGAGAAACAUGAAUAUGCAUGUUUUAAAGACCUCUGAGAAUUAACCAUUAUUGGGAAAAAAGCCCAUGUUCUUGGCAUGGUGUUUGCUAACAAGAGGUCACUGGUCACAAAGGGCUAAGAAAUUAAUUGCUGGGUUUCUAAGACUUAUUUUUUCAGCAACCAAUGAAGUUCUUGUGUUUUUAUUCCAGUGUACAUGAAAUGUUUAAUGUGGCUCUUCUGUUCCCAUGUAGAAGAAAGGAGGAUGGUGGUAGAAUUUGUUAUAAAUACAGGCAGAAGACAGGUUCUACAAUUUGAUUAAAUGUGACACGAAGUGACAAUUUGAACUGUACAUGAGAUUGCAGGUAUUUUAAGCUCCUUGUUUCCCUAACAGCAUUUUGUAGACUUAUGUCUUUCCAGUUUUGACUUGCAUGAUUUGUAGUUAUUUAAAAUUGGCCAAAGAACCAACCUAGUAACCUGAUAAGACUUACCACAAAGUCAUUCAUUAAUCGCUUUCUUGAACUGUUGCUGUCAUAAACAUGCUUAGUUUUUGUUUUCUUUGCCUGUGUAAAGAUGUGAUUUAGAGCAAUAUAUUCUUUCAGCUACAAAGGCUGAUUGCUAGAUGUCUGAGUAGGGGGAGUUUUAAACCUCUUUACUCCAUGACAAGCAGGGUUUUUUUCUUGCAAGAUCAGAUCAUCUGUUUUAAUUAAUAACUAAAUAAAACUUACAGAUUUGGCA